AUGGCAUCCGCCUCCAUCGACUUAUCCCCAGAGCCAGACUUGAACCCCAUCUACCCGACGCCGCAAUACAUAACACCUUUGCUCUCCUCCAACUCCGGCCUGACUCCGGCUCAGAAGAGCCAGCUAGUCGCCCACUGCCUCCUCCGAGCAUGCCAGUUUGGCGAUCAUUCGCUGCUCUCAUACCUCUUCUCAGAUCCCCAGGCCCAUCCAUACAUAGACCUGGGAAUACAAGACGAAGAUGGCCUUGGUCUCGUUAGCACUACCAUACUCGGAUUUGGCCCGGAAUCUGAACGCGAUGUCGAACGCGAGGAAUGCAUCCGGUUACUUGUCUCUCAAGGCGCCGACCCAAAUCAAGCUGACUAUUUGGGAUGGACUCCCAUGCAUCAUGCCGCGCUCCUUUCGCCUCCUACCCUUAUCUCCUAUCUGCUGACACACGGGUGUUCUCCGUUCUCGGUGACACGCAGAAAGCUUACCCCUUUGGAUAUCAUCACAGCUCAUACGGUGGUUCCAGGCCGGGAGGAUGUAGCAUUACUUCUGGAGGAAGCGAUGCGGGAAGAAGGCUGGACUGGAGGCAGAAUGGAGGAGCGAAGGAGAGUAUUCGAGGACCAGGCCAAGCGCCGAAGCCGAAAACGGCAGCUACGCGACAGCGUACAGAAGAUUCUUGGGUUUGAUCGCAGGUGGUGGGGCGAUGAUGACGACGAUGCUAUAAGCUGGGCAUCUGAGCACGAAGACGAAGGUCUCCUCGACGACCGGGUCUACACUCCACCCCUCGAUUUUACAUCGAUGCUCGUGUUUUCUCCGCAAGCACUGCCCUACAUCUUCAACUCGCUGAUAACUACGUUUCCUCCUACCAUCGGGAAUGCCGAACCUGCGAAUGCACUGUACAUGCUCGCAAGAUUCGCUGCUCUCACUUGUGAUCAUACUUGGUUGGAAGACCUUAUCAUCGGCGCCACGGAUGCUAUUGAGGAAACAUUCUUUAGCCAUCCAGACGACAUUGCUUGUCUGAUUUUUUGGUUGUAUAACACAACUGUAUGGCUGCACCUCCUACGUUGCGAUCAGUCGAUCAACGAGGCGUGCGAGCUCCUGGGUUCAUUUGUUCUCAUAGAGGAGGUCAUAAACUCGGUGUUUGUGUUUAUCAUUCGGUUUGCUGAGAGGAGUAUCGACGGACUGCUGGAUGCGGCUCUCCUUGACUAUUCCUCAGCACCUGCCGAAUUAGAGGCAGUGCAAUUUGAGUCCGAGUGGUCCUUUCUACGACCAUUCUCCAACAAAAAGAAGGCCGUAGCACCCACUCUCAUUGUUCCUCCUCGCACACCGAGCUCUGUAUCUCCAAGCGGUCUACAGCCAUCAUCACCCCCCAGCGCAACUCCAUCCUCCUCUACGGGUUUUCACUCCUUCAAGCAGAGCAUCUCGAAAGCAGCGGCCAGACAAAGUGGAGUGACCACCCCGUUACACUCAUUGUUCCCUGAGCCAGCGUCGUCGCCGUCGGCUAUCACCACGUUCCUCACCGCCCUCCAAAUACUGAUGACGAUGUCUGGUAUAAAUCCCGCGUUGAUCACGCAGUUGUGGUCGCAAGUAUUUUAUUGGACUGCAAGUGAAACAUUCAAUCGUAUCCUCACGCGCAAGAAAUACCUCUGUAGGUCAAAAGCUGCGCACAUCAAUCUGAACUUGAGCGUCCUGAGCGAGUGGGUCGACUUCGUUGGAUUGCCUGUCGGUGUGAAGAGCCACUUCACGCCAGUCCGAGAUCUGUUGUACUGGAUUCAGUCUCAUUCUGCCAUCACUGAGUUUUCCGAGCUUGUUGUAACAAUACAACAGUUAAAAAAUCUCAACCCGCUCCAGAUGCGGCGAGCUGUCCGCGACUAUCGGUACGAAGUUGGCGAAGGCCGCAUGACGGAAGAAUGCAUCCAAUAUCUCGCGCAGCUCCAGAAGGACUGGGAACGGCAUCGUGUCAAGUUAGGCGUAGAAGCUCUGCGGAAGGAGAUGGACGAGCGCGAACGUGAGCGUGAAGAUAGCACAGCAGGAGACUACCCCGAUGCAUCGGAUGUCGAGCUAGAUCAAUCGUCCUCCGCGUUGGCUCCGGGUUUCACGAAUAAUAUCGAUGUGCUUUUCGAUCAGGAGGACAAAUCAGCGGCAUGGGAGCCUGUCAAGCCUGCGCCGGCGCUCGGCGAACUCCUCGACUCUCGCUUCAUGCUCCCUCUUCUUCUUCCCUCGAAUCCAAGACUCUUGUCGGCUACGCCCUCUGGGCCGUUCGACUUCGAUCUGUCAAGUGACAAGGGCGCUCCAAUUCCAAUACUCGAGGGACUUGUCAGCUCGAAUGGCUCAAAGCGUACCAGCGAGGACCGCAAUAUGUUCGCAUACCGUUGUCGGAGCCGGAAGAUUAGAGACGUUGGUGUUGACACCCUUCAGUGGGUGGAUGGGUAUAAGGCCGCGGCGCGCUUUCUUCGCCCGGUGCAUCUCGAUGAAGACGACAUCGAACGAUCGGAAACGCCACGACACCGAGAGGACAUGUCCGAAGACAACCUCGAAUUCAUGGACAGAGGGCUGUCACCACUUACUCGCAUACCUUCCAUGCGUCGCACGAAGAGUACGGUGCCUACCCCAAGCGACACGAAAGGUCUCAGUGCAGCGUAGACCCGACGACGUAAUAUCUACAUGUGCAUUUAAAUAUUGCGCCUUCAUCGUAUAGCAA